CGUCCUUUUAUCACCACAAGAGCCUUACGUUCAUACAUUUUCUCCCGCUGCAAGAGAACUAUUCAUCACUUCUAAGUACUAUCAUAUUUUCUAACCAUAAUGGCUGUUUCUGCAUCAUCUGCAGUGUACCACUCUAUCUUAUCUAACAAUGUCACCCGUGUCCAAACCCAAACACGAAGAAACGCUAGCUUCAAAGUUUGCUGCAUGGCCGAGGAUAAUAAGCAGGCUCCAAUUUCAACUCCCACUUCUCCACCACCACGCGUUGCACCUAAGAUGAGUACUAAGUUUACAGAUUUAUUAGCAUUCAGUGGGCCGGCACCAGAGAGAAUUAACGGAAGACUCGCCAUGAUUGGGUUUGUUACCGCUAUCGGAGUAGAACUUGCUAAAGGUAGUGAUGUCGCAGCACAGUUGGGUGAUGGAGGACUCCCAUGGUUUCUAUAUACCUGUGUUUUGCUAUCAGUGGCCUCAAUUGUCCCAUUGGCUCAAGGUGUGAGUGUGGAAUCGAAAUCAGAUGGUAUCAUGUCCUCCACUGCUGAGAUGUGGAACGGCAGAGCCGCAAUGCUCGGUUUGGUUGCCUUGGUGCUCACUGAAGUUGCCAAGGGAGGAGCUCUGAUAUAGUUAACACAAUGUUAUUAACUCAUUCCUGUAUUAAUUCCCUGAUGGUGUUUUAGAAGAUUAAAUUCCUGUAAAUGUUUUUGAUCGAUAUACAUAUAUGAUAACUUUGUGCACCUUUCUAUUAA